AUGAAGUUCUCCGGCGGAGACGCCGAGAUCCUGGGCGGUGGCGACACGCUGCUGCUGUCCGCGUGCGGCUGGGCUGGUGGGGCCGCGCCCGUCGUCGACCACUUCCUGCUCGACAACAAGCUGGACGCGGCGGCGGCGGGGGCGGGCUCCGAUCACGACGACUCGUCCGCCAAGGCGACCAUGGACGCCCUCGACAGCCUGCUGCAGGCGUCGCCGCCCUCGUCUGCCGGGGGCCAGCCGGGGGGCGCCACGUCCCCCGGCAGCUUCGCGGAGCUCAAGCCCCUGCCGCCCUUCACCGGUUACACGGGACACCUCAGCAUCAACGGCAUCUCGGGACACCACUUCCACGCAAUAGCUGCCGGGCCCUCCUCUCCCCAGAGCCCGCAGCUCCCCGAGGCGAACAACAACAACGCGCACGCCACCAACCACAACACGGCGACUAGUUUCAAGCAGCAGCACAGUUCCGGAGUGACGGGUGCGACGCUGUACUACACCGUGAGUACGACGGCCGACCAACCGGUCGUCUCAUCCUCGACGGCGUCCGUCGGGGGUGUGGUCAACAUCAAGGAGGAAUUCAUCGACUACUCGAGCCUGAUGGGUGGCCCGGAUAUCGAAGACAUCGCGGCGCUGAUCGGCUCUGCCAUCGCGGACACGACGGUGCCCAGUACCGUGGCGGAAGGGCUGGCCGCCACCCCCGACGACACUGCCGGCUCGCGGGAGAGCUGGAUGGAGUUCGACGCGUGGAUCGACACCGCCUGCUCCGGAGAAGCCAAGCCCGUCAUCUCGGCCGAGUCGCUGCAGGAGUUUGUGCAACAGCAGCAGCAACAGUCGCAGUUCGAAGGCAGCUCGGCGUUGCAGAGCCUGCUGAGCUGCCAGUACCAGUCGUCGGCGGCCAUGCUGCAGCACAUGCUCAAGAGGGACACGUCAGCUGCGGCCGCCUCUGUCGGUUACCAUAUGCCGCUCCUACAGAAUCGGUUGCAGAAUGGACCACCCAACGGCAGCGUCAAGGCGGAGACGUACCUGGAAGCGCCGUCGUCCAGCACCCAGUACCUGGCGCACACUACCACGGGCAGCCCGCCUGGCGUGGUGUCCACCACGGACACGGCACUGCUCAUCAACGGCAGCAGGUACGGUGGGGGCGGCGCAAUGGGGGUGGCGCGGCCCGCGCCGGGCCCGGGCUCCGCGUCGGCGGCGGCUGCGGCGGCGACGGCGCCGUCGCCCGACCUGCUGGUCAACGGCGGCAGCCUCGACAGCCUGGCGGGCGCCGUCUUCCCGCACACCACCACCGCCACCACGACGACGCCGGCGCCCUCCAAGAGCAAGAGCCGCAACCGGUCGCGCAGCAAGCAGCAGUGCGGCGUGGGCGCGCCCGGCGCCGCCGCCGCCGGCGUCGUCUACUCGGGCGACCCCGCGGCCGCCGCCGUGCUCGGCAAGGAGAAACCCGUUCACCGCUGCAGCAUCUGCAACCGCGGCUUCCUCAACAAGUCCAACAUCAAGGUGCACCUGCGGACGCACACGGGCGAGAAGCCCUUCAGGUGCGACGUCUGCGGCAAGGCGUUCCGCCAGAAGGCGCAUCUCAUCAAGCACCAGCAGAUCCACAAGCGCGUCGGCCGCGAUUGACAGCUCGGGGGCGUGGCCGGCGCGGACAGGCUGCUGGCGGCGCUGGUGGCGCGCCGCGCGGCAGAGGAGCGAACCUCCGUGCUCGCGAACCUAACACUCGGCCGCCGGCUCUAAAGCCAGUGUCGGCCAAACGCUGUGAUUCCCUGACACUCCGUAGAAAGUUACGCGGUUAUCUUCCCCGUCGAGACAAUCCUACCACUAGGUGACAACUCAUUAGAAACAAACGAACAGUGGCGUGAUUUGCCAGCCAGUGCUAAACUGUGGGGUUCGUCUCCAUCCCAAUUGACUGCAUCGCAAACAGAUCCGCGUGCAUCGUUGUGACGCAUAACUUUCUACCGUGUAAGUGUAAGAGCAGCCGAUCGAUCUCGUACGUGCGGAGAGCAGUACACUACGUAAAACGGAACAGAAGUAAAAAAGGUAUACUGUAGAUUUAAAUGUGUAAAUGGCUGUAAAUGCAAGGAAAUAAGUUUCUAUUUUGUGACAAGUCUC